GGAGAUAGAGUAGCUUUAGUACGACGUGACUGUUGCUGUCUGUGUUUAGCUACCGCAUUGAUAAAACAUGCGAUGCAAUAUUCAUUAACCGACCAUGAAUUAGAUCGAUGGCUAGGCGGCGUAUCCAAGGAUUUCAAGCCAGCUCAGCUAAAUAACAAAACUCUGUGAGUGAAGAAGUACAAUUCCUAUUGCAGUAGGAAUCACAUCCAGCGUUUUCGCUGCGUGAAAAACAACCCCCUAGCUGCAGAUACUGGACGAGUUGAGGCGUACGGGACUUGGAGUCGGAGGACCACAUCGCAGCCUCUAGCUGUUCGCACUGCAGUCACUGUCAGUUGUGAUUCAAAGACGAAUUUGCCAGAAAAUUUGAAGGUGAGGAAGAACCUUCCCAGCAUGCCUCUUAAUGGCCCUCUGUUUGACUGUAAGGACCCGGCAGUGUGGAGAAAGGUCUAUGAGAAAUACUGGCAAGUGGUAGAGCUCAAGUCAGUGGGCAAGGGCAAGAAGCAGGGAAAGCUGCUUUCCCUAGAUAAAUGGUAUCAGGAGGAGCUGCCUGCAGCCAUAGCUGGCAGGUCGGAGCGGUUUCUUACUCAGCCAGAGCUGGUCAAACUGAUGGAGUGGAAGCUAAUUAGAGGAAAGUUCCGUCCCAGGUUGCAGCAGCUUGUGGCCAGUAACUCCGGUGAGACAGUGGAGAGGUGCACCAGGAAGGCUUUCAGUCUCCUCCCUGAUGUCACUGCCGCCAUCACCGAACUCAGCUCUCUGAAAGCCCUGGGCCCAGCCACUGCCUCAGCGGUGCUGGCUGCUGGAGCUCCAGAGCAGGCUGCCUUCAUGGCUGAUGAGGCAGUGGAGAGCAUUCCCAGUCUGAGGCCUAUUCAGUACACAGCCAAGCACUACUCUCUGUACCUUCAGAAAGUAGUGGAGCUCACACAGGCUCUCAACAAAGUGGACAGUGAACAGGACUGGACACCCCACAGGGUAGAGCUGUGUCUGUGGGCUUGGGCUGUGGCCAGUCAGCUGCAGCCGUCUCUGCUUCAGGAGAGCUGUGGUGAGGAGACUAAGGCCAGCAAGCCACCAGCCAAGAGACAGAAGAUCAAGUAGAGCCCCAGCCACCUGCUUAGUGGCCCAUGUGGUCUUUUGAUCACACUUAACAUACAUUAGAUAUAACUUGGACCACGUAGAGGGUAUUACUACUUGCACUGA